AUGGCAACCUUGAGUAAAAUUCCCUUGCGCCAGCUAGGUCGCAAUGGACCUUUUGUUCCUCGACUAGGCCUGGGAUUGAUGGGUGCCAGCGGAGUUUACAAUGCGCCCCUGUCGGAGGCUGACCAUCUCGCUUUCAUCGAUGAAGCCUACAAUCGAGGGGAAACGUUCUGGGACACUGCCGAUAAAUACGGCACGUCUGAGGAUGUGCUGGGAAAAUGGUUCUCCGCCAACCCCAGCAAGCGCGAAGACAUCUUCUUGUCCAGCAAAUUCGGCAUCAUAUUAUUACCUGGAACAUUCAAGGUCGAUUCCACCCCUGAGUACUGCCGGAAAGCCAUUGAAUCUUCCCUCCGCCGUCUCAAUGUAUCCUACCUCGACAUUUACUACAUCCACCGUCUGGACAAGGUCACCCCAAUCGAAAAGACCAUGGAAGCCAUGGUCGAGCUCAAGAACGCAGGGAAAAUAAAACACAUAGGCUUGAGCGAGUGCAGUGCUGAGUCCCUCCGACGCGCACAUGCAGUCCACCCCAUCACGGCUGUCCAGGUCGAAUACAGCCUUUUCUGUCGCGCCAUCGAGUCGCCACAAUACCGUCUUCUUGAGGCUGCCCGUGAACUGGGCGUCGCAAUUGUAUGCUACAGUCCUCUUGGCAACGGCCUUCUCGCCAAUAAAUUCCGUACCAAGGAGGAUGAGAAUUUGGAGCAGAAUGUGGCUGUGGUCGAUAGGAUUGUGAAAAUCGCUGCGUCUAAGGGUGUUUCAUCCGCGCAGCUGGCUUUGGCAUGGUUGCUUGCCCAGGGAGAUGACAUCUUCCCAAUUCCUGGAACAACCAAGACACACCGGCUGGUUGAGAAUCUGGAGAGUGUGCAGGUUUCCUUGUCGGCGGAUGAGGAAAAGGAAUUACGGGAGAUAGCGGACAGAAUUGUGGGUGGGCGAUUCCAAGAAUUGACUGGAUAUGCUUUUGCGGACACCCCCGCACUGUGA